AUGUUUGGUAGUGAAGAGCAUGCAUUGAGUGUUCACAACUCACUAAACUUCUUUGAAUUAGAUAGAGCAGCACCAGUUCAACAUUGGAUGAUAAUGCCAAACAUGGGUCUCUUGAUUGCUUCGAGGGACAAUAUCAUACUACACGUUCUUAGUUCUGCACAGAACUUCACAUAUUUACCACUGCGAUCAACUCCUCCACCGCAGUAUCAGCAUGUUGCUAUUGCUAUCGAACACGUUAAUAAUAAUCACUACGUCCAGGUUUCCUUAGCUGGGGGUUACCCGAUGCCUACCAUUAUGCCUCAGUGGAAUUACUUCAGGUAUGAGUGCGCAGCUGCAUGGGCUUUACCAUAUAUGGAACAACUUGAUGUAUACAUACAGCAUACUCGUUCUAGGUUUCCUCCUGAAACUAUUGUGGUAGAAGAUUAG